UCGUCCUCCUCUUGCUGACGUCACAAGGAGGAUGAGCUGAUGGCCGACAGCUAUAAGAAGGAACCACAGACGUCUCCCGAACAGAACCAGCUCCCCUUCGAGAGCAGCUCCUCAGAUUUCUUGCUUGCUUUGAGAUCGACGUUUUCGCUGCAGUGAUGGGUCGUCUUGCAAGUCCCGCUCGGACCUUGGUCGUCCUCCUUCCAUUCCUCGCCGCCUGCGCCUCCUCCUCUAACUCCUCCUCCUGGGCCUUGCUGUCCCUCCCUUCGCCCCUGACAUCCAUCUUGGCCCUCUGGACUCCCACCGCCCCCCGUCCGCCCCAAGGCUGUCAGCUGCAUCUUCGAGACAACAUCCUUCGUCGAAUUCAGCUCCUUCUGUCUCUCCUCGAGGACUACGUCGACUUUUACGCGCAGGAGAAGUUCAGCAACAGCUGGGCUGUGAUGGACGCCAUUUUCAGUCCGGAAGUGGACGCUCAGUUGGUGCUUGUGUGCGACCAAGAGCUCGAGUGCGACCAGGUCCUCCCUCGCCUGCCCUCGCCCCCCUCGACCUCCCUCCAGUCCGAGGAGCUCCUCCAGCAAUUGCUCACUCUCAGCCGCCGCUACGCCCUCGCCCUCGAGCUGGUGUUCCUGGACCAGUCUCUCCACGAGGACGAGUUGGUCUUCCUGGAGAGGACGGACCAGAUCUACAGACACGUCCAGGGCCUGGUGGACGUGAUCGUGGCCCAAGUGGAGCAGUGCCGAGUGGACGCAGACGACGCCGUAGUCGCGAGGCUGGCGGGCAAACUGUACAAGGGCGCCUCCUUCGACGGGAGGAACCAGCGCGGCUUCCGCACCUUGAGGCAGUGUCUGUUGGGUCUUCGCUACAUCAGAAGCCUCUUGUAGUCGAGCCUCCUCCCGACUUAUUUAUUGUUAUCUCCUCAUCG